AUGUUAUUAUGGGUAAGUUCCCAUAACAGUAAUCUAUCUAUCUAUCUAUCUAUCUAUCUAUCUAUCUAUCUAUCUUUACAAACUGUUCUAUCCCAAACAGCAACUUUUCUUUCUUUUUUUCUUCCCUUAUUUCUUUCUUUCUUUCUUUCUUCCCCCCAUUCUUUCUUUCUUUCUUUUUUCUUUUCUUUCUUUUCCUUUCUUUCUUUCUGUCUUUCUUUCUCCUUUUUUCUUCCUUUCUUUUUUCUUUUCUUUCUUUUCUUUCUUUUCCUUUCUUUCUUUCUCCUUUUUUCUUCCUUUCUUUUUUAUUUCUUUCUUCUUUCUCUUCUUUCUUUAUAUCUUUCUUUCCUUCUUUCUCAAAUUCGUCCGGGAUGUCCUUACAUCCUCUCAUCAACGCAAUGUCUCUACAUUCUCUCUCCAACGAUCUGUCUCUCCAAAGGGAUGUCUCUAUAUGUACUCUCCAACGAGAUGUCUCUAAUUGCUCUACCCAACGGGAUGUCUCUACUUGCUUUCUCCAGCGGGAUGUCCUUACAUCCUCUCAUCAACGCAAUGUCUCUACAUUCUCUCUCCAACGAUCUGUCUCUCCAAAGGGAUGUCUCUAUAUGUACUCUCCAACGAGAUGUCUCUAAUUGCUCUACCCAACAAAUGUCUCUACUUGCUUUCUCCAGCGGGAUGUCCUUACAUCCUCUCAUCAACGCAAUGUCUCUACAUUCUCUCUCCAAUGAUCUGUCUCUCCAAAGGGAUGUCUCUAUAUGUACUCUCCAACGAGAUGUCUCUAAUUGCUCUACCCAACGGAAUGUCUGUAUAUACGCUCUCCAACGAGAUGACUCUACAUGCUCUCUCUAUCAGGAUGUCUCUACAUUCUCUCUCCAACGAGAUAUCUCUACUUGCUCUCUCCAAAGGGAUGUCUCUAUAUGCGCUCUCCAACAGGAUGCCUCUAAUUGCUCUACCCAACGGAAUGUCUCUACAUUCUCUCUCCAACGAGCUGUCUCUACUUGCUCUCUCCAAAGAGAUGUCUCUAUAUGCGCUCUCCAACGAGAUGUCUCUAAUUGCUCUACCCAACGAAAUGCUGUAUAUACGCUCUCCAACGAGAUGACUCUACAUGCUCUCUCUAUCAGGAUGUCUCUACAUUCUCUCUCCAACGAGAUAUCUCUACUUGCUCUCUCCAAAGGGAUGUCUCUAUAUGCGCUCUCCAACGGGAUGCCUCUAAUUGCUCUACCCAACGGAAUGUCUCUACAUUCUCUCUCCAACGAGCUGUCUCUACUUGCUCUCCUCAACGGGAUGUCUCUACAUGCUUUUUGCAACGAGAUGUCCCAACAUUGUCUCUCCAACGAUCUGUCUCUACUUGCUCUCUUCAAAGAGAUGUCUCUAUAUGCGCUCUUCAACGAGAUGUCUCUAAUUGCUCUACCCAACGGAAUGUCUGUAUAUACGCUCUCCAACGAGAUGACUCUACAUGCUCUCUCUAUCAGGAUGUCUCUACAUUCUCUCUCCAACGAGAUAUCUCUACUUGCUCUCUCCAAAGGGAUGUCUCUAUAUGCGCUCUCCAACGGGAUGCCUCUAAUUGCUCUCUCCAAAGGGAUCUUCGUUUUUCUUCUCCGAUUCCCUCCUUCCCUUUGUGUCUCCCUCUCUUACUUUCUUAAUCCCACUUUUUCUCCUUACUCUCUCGCAAUCUCUCCUUCAACAUCAAUUUCUGCUUUAUCGUCUGUUUAUUCCGUAACGAUACUUCUUUCAUUCUUUCUUUCUUUCGUUGUUUUUUGCGUCCUUUCUUCCAUCCUUUCUUUCUUUCUUUUUUCCUUGCUUCAUUUCUUCCUCUCUUUCUUUCUUUCUUUCUUCUUUUCUUUCCUUCUUAUUUUUUCUUUCUUACAUUUUUCUUUCUUUGAUCUUUCUUUUUUCUUCUUCUUUCGUUCUUCCUUCCUUCCUUUUCCUUCCUUUUUUUCCUUUCUUCUCCUUUUUCUUUCUUCCUCCUUUCUUUCUUUCUUUCUUCUUUUCUUUCCUUCUUAUUUUUUCUUUCUUACAUUUUUCUUUCUUUGA